AUGAGUGCAUUGAUGGCUCAGAUUGCGUCUCUAGCUACUGGCUGCCGCGGUCAUGCUCCUAUGCCAGUCAUGAAGCCCUCAUCAGCGGUCGUUCCAGAGAAGUGUGAGGCAGAAAUGACAGCAGCGGCAUUUAGGAUAUGGAGGCGGUCCAUGGAGUCUUGGAACCUCUGUAGAGUCAUGGAUUCAGACCAUGAAACCAUCCUCUUUUACUCCAAAGUGCCCUGGCUUUCCAAGGGUAAUGUUGUGAAUCGUGCGUUUGAACUUCGGGGAGAGCUUAAGUUAUUCCUGAAAGUGCAUGGGAAGGAUGAUCUCUUCAAUCACUUCAAUGAGGUGUUGUGGGAGCCACGUCUUGCAUACCUAGCAGAUAUAUUUGAGCAGCUAAACAGGCUGAAUUACAAGCUACAGGGCAAGGAAAGAAAUGUGUUUCACCUCAUGGAUUGUCUUCGUGCAUUUCUUGUCAAGUUCCAGAACUGGCAAAGGAAAGUCAAUGCAGGAAAUGUUGCCAUGUUUGAGAAUCUUUCAACUGUUCUUGAUGAGACUGAAAAAGGUCAUCUGUUUGACCCAUCACUCAAAACUGAAAUCACUCAGCUCCUGAAAUCCUUGGAAAGCGAGCUCAAAAGAAUUGUUAAGGAAUCUUUUCUCUGGCACUCUUGA